CUUGCCGAAUAGGUUGCGCUCGUGGACAAAGCGGAAGAAGGGAACCUCCCACAGUGACUUAAAGAAGUCAGAGCAUUCAACACGUUGUCUGUUGAUUAGCCCUGACUGAGCUCCCUGUGUCUCAGCGUCUGAGGAUGAAGCUUGCUGUGCUGGGAGCCACUGGGCAGACUGGUCAGUAUCUGGUCAACCAGGCACUGCAGCAGGGUCACACGGUCACCGCCAUUGUCAGGAAUCCAGGAAAACUUGCCAUAGAUCAUGAUAAUCUCAAGGUGGUGGAAGCUGACAUUUUCUCAGCAGACAGUCUGAAGACUCAUUUCAAAGGACACGACGUGAUCAUGUCCUGCCUCGGCUUUUCGCCGUCCUUCUUUUCGGCGGUGACUGGCUACACCUUGUCCAUGAAAGCUGUGAUCAGUGCCAUGCAAGAAGCCCAGGUCAACAGGAUCAUCACCAUGACCUCCUGGUACACUCAGUCUGACUCUGGGACUCAGUCGCCUUACCUCAUCCGCUUCCUCCUGCUGCCGCUCAUCCGAAGCGUCCUGAACAACAUGUAUGAGAUGGAGCAGUUUCUGCAGAAGACCGAGGACAUCAGCUGGACUGUAGUACGACCACCUGGACUCAAGAACCUGUCGGCCACAGCUCAAGAGUUUCUAACCCACGAGGGAUACUUUGUGCCCCAAACCACCGGUCAGGCUGCAGGCGGUGCAGUGGCAAGAGGGGACGUGGCUCGCUUCAUGCUCUCUUUAGUCAGCAGCAAUGCCUGGGUCAAGAAGGGAGUGGCCAUCACUACCAAAUAAGAAACUGCCAUGAAUAAACUCUAUUCCUAAUGUCAAUGUCAAAUGUAUUAUUUAUGUAGCAUGUUUAAAAUAGCCAUCGUUGACCAAAGUGCUUUACGGGCUUGAUCAGAUGAUUAAAUCAGGAUAAGACAAAGAGAGAAAAGAAAGACAUACAGUUAAUUCAUCAUUAAUCUCAUUCCACAUGCCCACACAACCAAGAAGCCCAGAUUUAACCUGAGUUAAAAGCCAGAGAGAAGAGGUGGGUCUCCAGCAGUCUUUAUGUGGUUAGUUUAAGGUUAUUCCCAAAGCUGUACGAGCCAUGCAGAUAUUUUGAUUUAUCAGUCUUUUACAUUUUUUUCCUUUGACCCUGCACCACUUAAAAAAAACUGCCUGAACAGCCAUAUACCACAUAUGAUGCUUUAACUAACUUAUAUAGUGUCCAAUGUUUUUUUUUUCUACUCAUGUUUAACAUGUACUAUUGUUUAUACGACUAAAAAACUGACAAGAACUAAAUUACUUGGACUUCUCUACAGAUAAAGAUGUGUUGUAACACAUCAUUUCAGCCACACGAGGUCAGUGUGGUGCAGCAGUGAGUGGUGCACAGUAUGACGUACAGUACUGUAUGUGCGAUUUUUACUUUCAGCUGAAGAAUGAAAUGAAGCAUCCGUGUUUGAGUAAACUAAAUAAAAGAUACACUGAAUUUAAUAGUAA